CAUUUUUAUAGGUAUCUCGUUACAAUCACCUAAUUGAUAUAACUAAUUAUGUAGACGCUACUGUGAACCUGUCAUCGCACGAGAUAUCCCAUCAUUCCGCGUGGGAGAUCCUCAACUCCUUCGAUUGUGGAGAGAGCGCUGCAGACCGCAUCAUUGGUGGCACUAGAGCAGCCCUCGGCCAGUUUCCCUGGAUAGCUCGUCUUGGAUACGUCUUUCCAGAUGAUCCUGACAUAGACUGGAUGUGCGGGGGAGCUCUUAUCACAGACCGCUUGGUGGUAACUGCUGCACACUGCAUACCUUCAGAAGAGGAUGAGUACAUGCUAAUUAAUGUCCGCUUAGGAGAGCACGAUAUCCGGACUGAUCCCGAUUGUGAGCUGGGCAUAUGCGCCCCCGCAGUGCAGGAUCGAGGCAUCAAGAACAUCACCAAGCAUCCCUCCUUCAAUACACCUACUUUCCACAAUGACAUUGCUAUUCUUGAGCUCAACAGUCCUUUGGACCUAAAUGAUUACGUAGCUCCCAUCUGUUUGCCACAAAGCUCAGAGCAGCUAGCAGGCCUGAAAGUCGGGGAGCUUGCGCAAGCUGCCGGUUGGGGAAAAAUGAACAUGACCACCGAAGAACGAGCUAAAAUACUGCAAGUAGUUGCAUUACCUAUUGUGAAACCUGAAAUGUGCCAAUUGUUUGGUAAAGAGUUUAAAGUGGACGCUUCAGAAGUGUGCGCAGGAGCACAGUUCAACAAGGACGCAUGUGGUGGGGACUCCGGAGGGCCACUUAUGAAGGUUUACGAUACGAGCGAUGGUCCUAAAACUUUCUUGGUGGGUAUUGUAUCGUUUGGUCCCUCGAUCUGUGGUAUCAGGAAACCUGGAGUGUAUACGUCUGUUACAUACUUCAUCAAAUGGAUCUUGGAAAACGUUAAGUGAUAUUUUUUGCUUUUCACUAUGUAUUAAGAUUAGAUUAUAUUUAGGUUUUAUUAUUUGUAUAAUAAAAAGGAUUUAUGUUAAAAGUCGACAUACUAUAUGUUUUCAUAGAUUUAUUUAUUAAUUAUUGACCCCCCUCUAAACCUAAUUUAACGCAUUUUUAAAAUACCGACUUGAUGUAACUACCAUGAUACUGUACUAUAUCAUCAUUGGCUAAUUAUUUUUUAAGAGGAGAUAAAAAUAAUUACUGUAUAAUGCUGCUAUGUUUCAUACAAAAUAUUUCCCACUUGGAAACACCCACAAACCACUGGCUAAAUACUUUGUGACAAUGGAUAGUUCCGGAUAAUCGCCUUGUGCGGCUAAACAAAAACAAUCACAAUUUAAGUACAUCAGUCAGUUACAGUUUGUGAGCACUUAACUCCACUCGUUUGCAGUAAAAUUAAAACAUUACAAAUAAAACUUUAAUUAUGUAUCGUAUUAGACAUUUAAAUCGCGCCCUUUUAGUCUGUAUCAUAGUGAAUAUAGUCGAUGCACAAGAAACUACUGUAGUGAACAGUACCUUUGCAGCAAAAAAUGUGAAUGAAAAACAAAACACACCGGCAGUGAAGCAGAAAUAUAGAGUUGAUAAUGAUUAUAUAGGUAUAAAAGCACAUAAUUCGAUAGAUUUUUUACCAAACAGAACUAUAUGCGGAUUAUUGUCAGACGAAGAUAGAAUUUUCGGUGGUGAAAAUGCAGCCCUUGACGAAUUUCCGUGGCUUGCCCGAAUAAAAUACCUUUUAAAUAACGGAAAAGAAGUUUAUGCGUGCGCGGGCUCUUUGAUUACGAAUAAUUACGUAUUAACAGCAGCUCAUUGUGCUGUCAAUUUAACUAUAAAAGAAGUAAGGCUGGGAGAUUGGAAUACAGACACGCAACCUGAUUGUCAAGGUAGAGUUUGUAAUGAUCCUGAAGUCGAUGUUCUAAUAACUCAAGUAUAUAUAUACCCGGAAUAUAGCAAAUCAGACACUUUCAAGGGAGACAUAGCGUUGUUGCAGCUACAAAAACCUGUACAGUUCAGUGAUUUCAUUCGUCCGAUAUGUUUACCAACAACAGAAGAGAUAAUAAAGCAAGAUAAUUCGUCGGAAAGUGUUUUUUGGACUGCUGGUUGGGGUAAAACUGAAUAUGAGAGAAAAUCAAAUAUUAAGCAGAAAUUGGCACUAAACGCUGUACCUAUAGACUACUGUCGCAAAAGACAGGCAAUAAUCACUGAUGAAUCUGCAAACUAUGUUAUUUGCGCUGGCGGAGAGGCAGGCAAAGAUACCUGCGUGGGUGACUCGGGAGGAUCACUGGCUAAACAAAUAACAGCAAAUAGAUCUACCAACUGGUUCCUUAUUGGAGUUACAAGCUAUGGGUACAAGCAUUGCGGCAGUGAAGGAAGACCCGGGCUAUAUGCUAGGAUCACUCCUCUUAUGGACUGGAUUCUUCACACUAUUCAACUUUAAGAAUAACAAAAAUAAAAAUCACAACAAACAGUUACUUUAUUAUAUUUUGACUCAGUUUUGUUUAAAUAUUACACUUGAUAAUUGAUUAAACUUUACCACCAUCUAAGCUAUCUAUUGCCACUUCAGAAUCUGAAUAAAGUUUAUCAUCACCGACUCUAUUUAAAUACUCAGAUACGUCUCCAUUAAAUGUCUCAGCCAUAUCGUUUAUGGAAACUUUACGGGAUCUGGAAGGACUGUUAAAAUGGUAACUCCUACUUUUCGAGUUCCGUUUUUUGUUUCCCUUUCUCGGUGACAACUGAAGAGUUUCAGAAGAUAAAUAAUGUGAUCUUGGUGCAUAGUACCUCUCAAAGAGCAUAGGUUGUUGUUGAACUCGACCAUACAUUAAUUCCAUUUCAUGAAGGAACUCUUCUCUUCUCAUUUUCUCUUCAUCCCGUCUUGUCUGUAGUCUCAUAGCGAUAUCUUCUUCAUGACUGUAACAAAAAGCAAAAGAAGGUAAGGUACUAUUAUUGAAUGAUUCUAUAUUAUAUGCGCACUUCACAAUACUAACUUAUUCUUUACUAAAUGCCACGCAGGUUUUGAUCUCAGAAGUCUAUCGCGGUGCCGCAUCUCCAAUCUCCUGCGUUGCUCUUGUAAUCGCCUUGCUGCUUCCAUUUCAAACUUUCGUCUAACCGUUUCGGCUCUCAACAUAGCCGCUAGAUUAGAUCUGCCUGAAGCGGCUGUCCUUAAAUCUAAAGCUGAAUACGCUCGAACCUCUGGUGUAGCAUUUGAGAUGCUAUUACCAAUAUUUUCAGUACCCUCCUGAUACAUUUUCCGUGCAACAUCUUGCAUCUAUAAUCAAAAUUUUAAUUAAACUACUUUUACUUAAGAUUGUAAAUUAACUAGUUUAAAAUACUCGUUAUGACUACUUACUUUCUUCGCUGCCCUAUCAGCCGUGCUAAACUUAAAAGGUUGAGGACUAGUGGUUACCAAAUCCUCCUUUAAAGUCUUUUCUUUUCUUCUACCCUUUACAGGGCUAGAACAUCGCUGCCUAUCAGAUGAUGUGAUUGAGGGGAUUGGUCGAGACGUAUCUAUAGGCAAAUCACUGUGAGCUGCCGGCGUGGACAAUCGACUGCGAUCACGAGUAGCCAUUGUACCAGGGUAAUUAGAAACACGAAGCAAUUCUUCAGCACGUAUUUUACGAUUCAUAUUUCUGUAGACAAAUUUAAUUAUGAAGCUAAGAUCCAUUUAUUUUUUAUAAAUGGUGGUUCGUUUGUCUCGCUAAAACUUGAGAAACGGCUGCUCCGAUUUUUUCCGAAAAUUUUAAAUCCAAAAUCAAAUAUUUUGGUUUUAAAAUUUUUGUCGUAGAGGAGGAGACAUCUUUCCUGGAGGGAAAGUUUAAACGGUAAGAAAAUACGGAAAAAUUGCGAGGAAGAUAGUAAAAACAACAAUUUCAUUUUCCCAUAUAAUUCUACCUACUUUCCUGCCUAACAUUUGACGAUCGUAUCUUCAGUUCGGUAGACUCAGGUUCAUUCGAUUUGAAGUAUGCGGUACGAAGUUCGCCGGGUCAUCUACUUUUUGAAUAAAAACUAUGAUUUAUAUUUACCUAAAGAAUUGAUCUUCCUUAACCUUGUCAUAAAAAUAAUUAGAGAAUAAGUCUUUAGGGAUAGGCCUAGCCCGAAAUCGUUUCUUCUUUUUGCUUUUCGGCAAAAUGUGUGUAACCCUCUCGCAUACUUGACCAAUACAUUUCUCUUCUCGUUUCGUAAAGCUGAAAGGCUUCAUUUGUGCUCUUAGCUCUGCUUCACUGUUGAUCUUCGUAAUCGCUCUCCUGCAAAAUUCGUACUUAUCAUAUUUGAAAUAAAUAACGGGAGAAAAAGAAUUUACUAAUCAGGCGAAGAUAGUAAGGAAACAUAUAUUAUGGGCAACAUAAUAUUAGUAAGCGAACUACCUACAUAAACAGCUAUUUUACAAAUUCAUUUGCUAAUUUAAUGUAUUACGGGAAUACCCAGUGCUGGUUUCAUUAUUAGUUUUUCUUGGUUUUGAGGAGAUCUCGUGGGUGUCAUGUAUACCUACUACAACGUGUACCAAUAUUAAUAUAAAAAAAAAAGUUUAAUUUAGUGACUUUAACCAGAUUACAUCAGUCCCAUUUUAUCUAUACUUAUAAUAAAUCUGCGCAUUGACGGUCAGUUUUUCGCCUCAGAUGAAAUGAUAUCCAUCCCAUUCGAUCGUGAGUGUCAAAUCAUCACUCCAGAAUAUUAUCAGACGCGCCACGAAAAUUUCCGUGACUAUCAUAAUCCAACGCGGCGCGUCGCGCCAAACGGGCGGGGCGGUGGGAUCGUCAUUCCUAUUUAGCUUAAUUGGAGUUACAAAUUCCAAAUGCUUUUAAUAUGUCGUUUAGUGCAUCCUUAGUAGUUUUUCCAGUCACUAGAUUCUAGCGAAAACUCAUUUAACAAAUUGACGUGAGUGAAUUGAUUCCUUUUUUUAAGUCAUUUAUUGGGUAGGUCAGGGGGUGUCAGGGGGGGGGGGGGGACAUCAACCUCACCUCAUACACACCGCGGAACUUUGAACUAACUCGCGACUCGUGACAUAACGUCACAUAACGUGACAUGACGUCACAUGACGUGCCAUUUAUAAGACGUAAUCUAAUCACCCCAAAAAAAGUUAAAACAGUUGCAAAAAAAAAAAGUCAAGUGACAGCUUUACAUUUUGCAUUUUUGUGAUGGCAGCGUAGUGUUGUUUACGUAUUUUAUCCAAUUAAUACAAGACAACUUCACUGGCAUAACAGGCCUUAAGCUUAUAUUGAAAACACAAACAGUGAACGGUUGUUCCAAGUCAUCACCACUGGUUUCGUUCCUACUGUUCCCACUGGGUACAAACGAGAAAAAAACCCACUGACGCCAUCGCCACAAUGCAACAUCUAAAGGCUAACUACAUUACCUAUCUAUUCAUUGUAACGAAAGCUACCAAAUAAAAUGUGUAGUCUAACAAAAAGCAUACUGGAUGUGCUUGGGUGGAGUGUGAAAACCUCAUGGCUUGAUCUUCAAGGAUUUUGUCGUAAAGAGGUAUGCGUGAUUCUAUAGGCACCGGCCUGGCACGGAAUUGUCUCCUGUCGCACUUCUGAUGCAACAUAUCUUCAGAAAACGAUUUUUGGAGACUUCGCAGCUCAUGAACUAUACGAUCUUCUUCAUCCCUAAAGAUAAAUGUUAUUGAAAUUUAUUUAUCUAUAAAGUAUUUUGUAACAUAAAACUGAAUUGAAUUCCAUAAAAUUUGAUUUACCUUUCGGUCAUCUUAAACGGCUUUGGAAUAGUGAUAUUCUUUUUCCUUACAGGAGAUAUAUUACGUUUUGUUCUCAAAGGACUAGAUGGCAUACUUUGCGUUUUGAACUCGUCUUCUAUCUCAAUAUUGGUAAUAUUAUGUUUCUUUCUAUCAAAGUACUGAUCGAAUUUUCUAUCAAUUUCAUUUUUCGUUACCAUGUUACUAUCGUUCCAUGAAAUAGAACAUGCUGAAUGGUUUCUAUUUGGCCGGUCGAAUUUCUUUUUAUCCCUAAUAGAACUUGUCUUGAUAGGCGUCACCUUUAUAUCGUUCAUCAUAUUCUUCUCCAACUCAUUUACUGAUAUUUUAUUACAAGUUCUUUUUGUCGUUACCGUAUCUACCUUUAACAAACUACUCUCAUGUUUUUCGUUUCUAUUUGACGUAUUAAUUUUAGCCUUUUUAUCUUCCGAGUAUCGUCGCCUUAAUGUAUUAUUAAAUUUGGAUUUAACCUGCUUGUUUGUUAAUUUUUCAUCUAAUAAGUUUGGUGCAUCUUCUUUGUCAUAAACAUUAUCGACGUAUUUAUUAUCGAAACAGUUAUCGUCGAUAUGAUCCACUGAUAAAUUCAGCAACCUUUUCCUCCUUUCUCUCAAUAGUUUUAGAGUGGAAUAAAAUUCCUCUUCGGGUAAAUGGUUUAUAUCAUUGUAAUCAGGAAUGCUGUGAUAGAAAUCUUUUAGUUUUUCCGCGUCUACGUCUGGAGAAGCGGAACAUGCUGUAGAUGGAGAAUCAAUGGAGCAUUGAUCAAGCACUGGUUUGCUCUUACGCUCGUAAGCUGUUUUUGGCAUUUUACUUAUAGGAUCUACUGGCACUCUAAGACAUGAGUUUUUGAAUACACUACAGUAGUGUGUCAUUACCUUUCGAUUUUAAUUAGUAUGAAUAACAUUUUAACACCCAGCAAGUUGUUUGAAAUAGGAACACUUACUUGUUGUGUUAUAAAGGUUGCCAUGGAAACGAAUAUCUGUACUAAAUCAGUGUAUGGCGUUUUGUGGUAGAUAUCUGACGAUGCGAAACGAUUGCGGAGCUGUCAAAAUUCGUGCUUGGACCUCAGUGAUGGCAAAUCAUAUAUUAUUGCCAAGCACUGAAGUUAACCAAGAUAUCUACCACGAAACGCUCACACUGAUUUAGUAGAGAUACUCGUUUCCGUUCGUUUAUGUGUGUAUUUUAACGAAUAGAAAUUAUGCUGCUAAGGAACCAGGACGCCUUCCAAGCAUUCUGCAACGAAAAAUAAGAAAAAAAAACAAAACUGUAUGAAAUAUCCGUGGCCAUCAAAAUAGUAUAUUAUAAAAAAAUAGCUGUCACUUGUCAAAUGUCAUUAUAGAGUAAAAAAAAGUUGGGAAAAGCAAGUUAAAAAAAAAAGGUUUUUUGGCGGGAUUUCAUCGAGUGUGGUUGGC